CAUUGCUGCGCGUCAGUCGCGUCGAAGGCAAACAUCACUCGACGUCGCUGCAGUCACGCGCAAAAUGUCUGAUACUGAGCAACCUUCGGAAGCAGCUGUUCUGGAAAAACUCAAGGACAUUGUCAUUUCGCUGCACAAAGCAGGCAACGCCGAUGAGUUGACUGUCAAGCGCGUGCGGACACGCGCAGAGGAAGCUCUUGGCCUUCCUGCGGGUCUUCUGAAAAGCUCUGAUUGGAAACAAAGGAGCCAAGAUGCAAUCAUAGGCGCAGUCGACAAAUACUGCGGUGAUGAACCUGAGCCCGAGCCAGUGAAGUCAAAGCCCGCGCCAAAAGUCUCGAAACCCAAGGCGCCCGCGAAGAAACCUGAACCCAAAGCUGGAGACAAGCAAGGCGCGAAACGGAAGGCGGCAGCUCCUAAGAAACAGCCGCAGAAGCGAAGGAAGACCACAUCUUCUGAGGAUGAGCUGUCAGAGGAGCUCUCUGAGGCUGAGAGCGAACCGGCGACAAAGCCAGCUCGGAGAGCGAAGAAUGUGGUGGAGGAUUCGGGAGAAGAGGAGACGACACCAAAGAAACCCUCAAAGAGGGCGAAGCCAGUUGUGGAAGACGAAGACGACAGCGACGCCGAGCCUGUGACAACACCAGCAAAGAAGAAGACAUCAGUUCCGGCAGACAAGGGCGAUGUCUCGGAGAGCGAGCUGUCGAGUCUGCUUGACGACUCGCCUGCUAAGAACAAGCGGCAGAAGAAAGCACCAGCUGCGAAGAAGAAGGAACCGGCCAAACCGAGAGCGAAGGCCGCGAGUAAAGCGACCGACGAUCCAGACCAGGCCGAGAUCAAGCGCCUUCAAAGCUGGCUUGUCAAGUGCGGCAUUCGCAAGGUCUGGUCGAAGGAGCUCGCCAAAUGCGACACACCGAAAGACAAGAUCCGACACCUCAAGGGACUGCUGUCAGAUGUUGGAAUGGAGGGCAGAUUUUCUGACGAGAAGGCGGCCGCGAUCAAGGAGAAGCGCGAGUUCGCGAAGGAUCUCGAGGCAAUCCAACAAGGCGAAGCCUCAUGGGGCACGACCGAAGACACUGGCGGCAGGCCAAGACGGAGAGCUGCUGCUAGACCAGUACCUGUUCAGAAAAUUGAGUUCAGCGAUGACGAUGAGGAGAGCGAGCAAAACAACGACGAUGGGGACGAGUCCAGCGACAACCCCGAUGACGAUGAUGAAGAUGAUGACCAGGGCGCGUCGGACGACGAUGGGGGCGAUGACAGCGGUGCAGACGACUCGGAGUAGAUAUUCAUCGCUGGGCUUCUUUCAGAUCGGACGAGGUUACUACGGUAUUACAAUCGGCAUUCUUGAAUUGGACAGACACGUGUCGCUAGGUUCCUGGUUCAAUUAGGAAAGUCGAUGAAAUUUUACAACCCUUUGUCGACUUUGAUGCUAAAUACCCUUGCUGACGCUCCAACAUUCGACAACAUCGCUGCUUCACAAAUUCACAUCUAGGAGACACCAUACCUGGCUUCAGCUUAUCAGCUCUUAUUCCUGCAGUGAGUUGUUACCGCAGCGAUGUGUCCUCGGCAAUUUCCGGUCUUGUCAGGUCUCCUAAU